AUGCCGCACGACAGCGCGCCGAACGAGGGCGGGCGCGCACGGCCGCACCCGCUCAUCCGGGGGGCGCACCAGUCCUCCAACUCGAUCUUGGUCAACAGCUGCCAGCGUGGAAAUCCCAUCUUGCAGCAUGUCAAGGGCGUCGCAUGGGAGUUUGCGGAUAUCGUGCCGGACUACCAGGUGGGCCUCUCGAGCGGCGUCUUGUUUCUAAGCCUGCGCUAUUUUCGCCUGCAUCCAGAGUACAUUCAUAUGCGCAUCCAAAAAUUGGCACACAUGUACACGCUCCGUAUUCUGCUCGUGCUCUGCGACGUGAAUGACCACCAGCCGGCGAUCAAGGAGCUAACCAAGAUUGCACUGGUCAACCGCAUGGUCCUACUUGUGGCAUGGACUGCGGAAGAGGCAGGUCGGUACCUCGAGACCUACAAAGCAUUUGAGCAGCGCCCGCCCGACACGAUCCGCACGCGCGUCGGUGACACGUACAUGAGCCAGCUCACGGCGGCACUUACAAGCGUGCGUGGCGUGAACAAGACCGACGUCAUGACGCUUGCGACACAUGUUGGCUCGAUGGAUCAAAUGGCAAACGCUCCGCCCGAGUCCUUGCUGAUGCUCCCGGGCAUGGGUGAGGUCAAGGUCGACAACCUUGUGCGUGCCAUGCGGCAGCCGUUCCGCACCGACGGCAAGCCCAGACCGGUGCCGGCGACAGGCGCUGCCGCCGAUGCGCCGCCUGCCGACGCCCCGCCGGAUGCCCCGAGCGAGACGCUGGAAGAAGCCGCACCGCUGCCGUUCGAUUCUCUCCCGGACAACUUUGACUCGCUCCCGGAAGAGGAGCAGCUGCGCCUCGCGAUGCAGCUCAGCGUCGAGGGCUUAUCAUAG